CGUCUAAAUAAUUUAUGAUUCGAAUUCAAAAUCCGGCUCCGAACUCAGACGCGAAGUCCGGUUUAAAUAAUUUACUACUCGAACUCGAACCGGGCUGACCGGGUACAAAAAGCCUAAGCAUUUUGCUUGACAACAUUCAUCUCAUCAAUUCCCUGCCAUUCUAGGUAUUCUUCAUCCUCUGUAAGUUCUGACUUGUGUUUAUCCAUUUUAUUAAAUACAUAUAUAUAUUUCUAUUUCAGCACAUGUAUGCAUAUGGAUUCAGUAGAGAAGCUCAAUUCAGUAAUAAAAUUGACAGAAGCUCGAGAAGAGCAGGUAGAGAAAGCUAUGCUCUCUCUACUAGUUGAGUGGAAGAAUCUAGAGAGUCUAGAUUCUUCCACUCAACAACUGUUACGGGAUUGCUUCACCAAUAUUCAAUCAAGGGAGGCUCAGUUGAAUGAGGUGAAGCAAUCUGUAACGGCUCGGUUGAGUGAGGUGAAGCAAUCUGUAACGAGUAGUAGUGAAGUACUUAAUGAGGUGAGGAAUAGUUUGGAAAGUAGGAUCAAGGAGGUGGAAAGGAGGGAGAGGGAGGUAGAGGGUGAGGAGAGGAGAGUCGAGGAGAAGAGGAGGGAGGUGGAAUGUGUGUUCGAGAGGUUUGAGAUGGAAAAGAGAAAGUGGGAGGGGAUUAAGGAGGCGAUUGAGGAGAGGUCUGAGGUGGUUAGGUUGAAGGAGAACAGUAUUGAGAGUCGGGAGGUGAAGUUGGAGGCGAUAUGCGGGGAUUUGGAGGAGAGGGAGAAGGAGGUGGGGAGGAUGCGGGAGGUGAUUGAGAAGAGGAGUAAGGAGGUUGAGGGUAUGGAGGAGGGUUUUGCUUCGAAGGAGAGAAAUUUUGAGAUGCUUAGGACGAUUACGGUUGAAUAUUGUAAUCGGUUUAGUUUGCAGAAGGAGCAAUUGGAUUUGGAGAAGAAGGAGGUUGAGGAGAGGGUUAAGGAGCUUGAAAUGAAGGAGAAGUGUUUGAAGGAGCGGGUUGAAAUGAUUGAUAAGAGGGAGAAGGAAAUUGAUGCAAAGAAUGUUAUGAGCAAAGAACGAUGUAAGGGAGUUGAAACUAGGGAGAAAAAGCUUGAAGAUCGGUUGAAACAGUUUGAAUUGAAAGAGAAGCGGUUAAAGGAGUCGAUGGAAGCUAUGGAUUUGAAGAAGAAAGAAAAUGAACUGAAGAACGUAUCUAGUGAAGAAAGCUGUAGGAGACUUGAACAUAGGGAGAAAAAGCUUGAAGACCAGCUGAAAGACCUUGAAUUGAAAGAGAAGUACUUCAAGGAGUGGGUGGGAGGCAUGAAAGUGAAGGAGAAAGAAAUUGAUUUGAAGAAUGCCUUAAGUGAAGAAAGGUGCAGGAAACUUCAAAGUAGGGAGAAAAAGCUUGAUGAUCAGAUGAAAGAAUUUGAAUCUAAAGAGAAGCAAUUCAGAGAACAGGUGAAAACUAUUGAAUUAAAGAAAAAAGAGGUUGAUAGAGGGAGGAUUCUGAAUGAAGAAAGAUGCAAAAAACUUGAUUUAAUGGAUAAAAACCAGAUUGAGUUCUUGACUGAAAAUCGAGUCGAGAGUAUUGAGGCCAAGGAGAAAGAAGUCGAUUCAAUCAGAAUUUCAUGUGAAGAAAAAUGCAGAAAAUUUGAGUUGGAGAAGAAAAAACUCGAAGACCAGAUUAAAGAAUCUGAAAUGAAAAAGAAACAGUUAUGCAAUGUUGACCUCUCAAUUGUAAAACCUGAGCCAUGCAGUGUUGAUGGUUCAUAUGCAGAUAUAAGAUUUUCUAUAACUAUGGGUGGAAAGAAUUUGCUCUUGUAUUUAAUUAGUCAAAAAAGUAUUCUUCAUUCUAUGAGUGACGAAGUUUUUAGGGCUCUUAGGAUGUCAGUGUAUCCUGCAAAACUAGUCUUAGAUGCAAUGCAAGACUUUUACCUGAUACUAGAGAAUAAGGAGUUCGAAGCAGAUGUAGUUUGUAAAAGUAGCAAUCUUUUGUUGGAGCAGUUGAGGAGAUUUUCUACUCAGAUUCAACCAUGUCUUAGAAAAGCAGCCAUGGAACUUGCACAUGAAUGGGAGAAUAAAAUGAAGAGCUCAGGGGAGGUUACUGUUUUCCUGAACCUUUUAGCGUCCUAUGGGUUGGGGACUGCUUUUAACCCAGGAAAGUUCUUAACUCUUUUUGAGGUUAUCGGUCAGCAUAAACAAAUUUCAGAGUUAUGCCAGCUCCUUGGUUACACCGAAAAAAUGAGCGAUCUUAUUCAAGUUAUGUUAAAAGAGCAUCAGCACGUUAAGGCUGUUAAAUAUGUUUGUGCUUUUGGGCUUCGUGACAAGUUUAAACCUGCAUCACUUCUAAAAGAAUUGUUGAAGAAUUCUGAAGAGGCGUCAAAGGCUUUGUGUGAGAAUAGUGACUGCCCAAUUGACAAAAAGGAAGAGGCCAUAGAUAACAUUGUGGUUUCACUGAGAGAGGCACUGUUAUGCAUUUUAUGUUACAAACUUGAUUCAGAAUGCCCUCCAGAAUGCAUUGAAAGAUUCAUUAAACAGCUUCUUCAGCAGAAAAAAGAUGAAAAAGUUAAGUUAUCAGUCUCUAACAAUGAUGCAGCAAUGCAAGGAGCUGAUAAAAAUUGUAAUUCAGCCACAGUUUUACCUGACCCAAGUGAUGACUGCAACACUCAGCUUAAAGCUAGCUGUCCUAUACUUGACAGUGAAAGUGCACUAGCUACUGUCCUUUCUGAUAUGGACGGAAUAAGGUUGCUGCAUUUCUUGAAUGAAAAUUCAGAAGAUCAUGAACUGUUAGGAGAUGAUAUUUUAAUUGUUCUGAAUUCAUCAAUGGAGUCAGCAAAGUUUGUUCUGCAUGCCAUUAAAGGAAUUUAUGCUCCCCAUUCAGAACUAGGAGAUAAGAACUUUGACUCCCUUGUUACCAUGAAAAGUUGCAUUCUUCUGUUAGAACAGCUCAUGAAACAAUCACCAAAGAUCAAGAAAGAGGUUGAAGCCGACGCAAUGAAACUUGCAUCUGAUUGGAAAGCAAAGAUGAGGACUCCUCUUCAGGUCUUGGGCUUCUUGCAUCUUAUUUGUACCUACAAUCUUAAUUCAGGAUUUGAGGUCAGUGAGCUUCAGAGGCACUUUGAAUCUGUUUCAUACCUUAAACACUCUCAUGAGUUAUGCCAAGUCUUCCGAUUAUCAGAUAAGAGCCUGAAUCAGACCAAGACUUCAGAUAGUUGUCACUGGCAUCAAAAGAAUUCUUCUGGUUUCAAUUUGAGCAAAAAGGAAGAUAACAACACUGGUUUUAUGCACUCUGCAAAUUUAGGCAAACUUGUUUUAGACGCAAUUUGUAACUGUUAUUACUCAAAUCUGAAGGGCAAAAGAAUUUUAGAGCCUACAGUGGUGAAGUGCUUUAUAAUUUUGCUAGAGAAACUAUUGACAAUGUCACCACAAAUUCAACCUCAUGUCAGAAAGAGAGCUGCCAAAUUUGCUGUUGACUGGAAAGUGCAGCUUUCAGAUAUUACUAGUAAGAAUUCAGGAGAGGUAUUUGUGCUUUUCCACCUUUUGGCGGUCUAUAAAGUGGCUUCUUCAGUUGAUUCAAAUGAGCUUCUAGGCCUCUUGGACAGUAUAUAUACAAGGAGGAGGAUGCCUGAAUUGAUCCGGCUCCUAGGGCUGGGACAUAAAGUUCCUGAUUUUGUAGAAAGUCUCAUUCAGAAGGGCGACAGGCUUCAGGCCAUCCGAUACAUAUAUGAAUUUGAGCUUGUUGGGAAGUUUCUACCGGUGCCUGUCCUAAAAGAUCACCUGAGCUCUAAGGAAGUAAUGAAAAUGUCUCCUGCUAACAUUGGCAUAAUAAGCAAACAACUUGGCAUCCUUAGAGGAUUAGUAAAAUGCAUCAAAGACCAUCAGCUAGAGGUUGAGUAUCCACCUGAAGAUCUUUUAGCUCAAAUUCAGAAUCUAGAGGAGAAGUCUAAGGAGGUCAUAGAAAGAUCUCAGUCAUAUAAGAAUUGCAGCAAGAGGCCGCAUGUUUCUGGCCCAGAUCCUAGGCCUGAAGCUCAGUCGCAUACAAAUUUUCAAAAACGACCUGCUGCAGGCCUAUAUCCUCGACCUGAAGCUCAAACGCAAUGGCGUAUCAGCAAACAUCCACGAAUUGAGCCACCAGCCAGAACUUCCUCCAAUGUUCCAUUCCCUGCCUUUAACCCAAUGGCAAACUUUGCCCGCUGUGAGGGGGCCUAUAUGCAGUCUGGACCUGAAGCUCAAAGGCAAUGGCAUAUCUAUCAACUUCCGCAGGCUCGACCACCAGGACCGAGCUUAUAUGUUCAGCCUCCUUUUCACCCAAUGCCAAACUUUCUCAACACUCCACCUGCAUUUAAUCCAGAGAAUGCGCUUCAAUCUUAAUGCAAGUGUCUGCACAUAGCACCAAGUCAUGAAGCUUCUUAUCACUUUUUUGGAAGACGGAUGAAAAUCUUAUCUGCAAUUUUCCAGUAACAAUGUCUUGAGGGUCUGCGAGAUCCUCAGCAUGUUAAUUCUCCUGGUCUUUCUUGCAAUGUGAAAAAUGUAAAUUUCAAUGUAACCCAUACUUGAUAGUAUGUUUUGUUUCCUGCUGCUUAAUCUUUCUGGAGACCAUAAGAGGGCCUCAGGAUUUGUUACCAUAUACUCCUAUCUAAUGGGGCCGUUUGGGUUAUGUUAAAAAUUAUCUUAAAAGAAGUACUUCUUGCU